AUGAUUAGCGAUAGCUCAGCCAGCGGACAUCAGGCCCGCAAAGGAUCUUCCGCGACACUUACGCAUGAUACUUUGACGUCGUACAAUCGAUCAGGGAAUCCCAAUCCAGAGUCCCUCGGACAGUGCCUGGACGACAACGAGGAUAGGUCAUUCAGGCGGCGCAUCAAGUCAUACAGUCAGGCCAAAGUGGAUCUCAACGCCGUCAAUCUCAUCUGUGUCUACGCAUGCUUCAUCACCGGUUUCACCAAUGCUAUUUCGUUCUCAGCGUGUUAUGUGUGGGCAGGUUUCCAGAGUGCCAACGUGGCAAACCUAGGUCUGGCACUGGCAAGGACCUUCAAUCCUUUACCUUACGGUACACGCAGUUUUCUCAAAGGUGAUCAACAAUUACUAGUAUCUCUCGUCUCCUUCUGUAUCGGUACAUCUCUCGGCAGGAUCGGUGAGCACAUCGGGUCUACUCGACGUGUCUGGCUUGUUGGCGCGACUUUCUGCCAGCUGUUACUAGCUGUGGUCGGGACAUGCUGCGCCCAUUUCUCCGGAGAGAAAGGCAUCGCAUUAGAUCGAGGGGAUCCAAGCUGGGCCAGUCCCAUGGGCAUGUCUGCUUUGGGUCUCAUUUCAGCCAGUAUGGGAUUACAAGGUAUCAUCGGUAAACGCCUUGGCUCGCCCAUGAACUCGACUGUCGUUCUUACCACAACCUGGGUCGAGCUCUUCAAUGACCCUUUCCUCUUCGCCUUUCGUUAUGCGCCUUCGAGAGAUGUCCGGAUCGGCGGUAUCCUUGCUGUCUUUGUCGGUGCCUUCUGCUCCCGUGGACUGAUUGCUACAAAAUGUGGGAUGACAGGCACGUUGGGCAUCAUGAUCGGGUUGAGGGGCUUGCAGAUAGUCUGGUUCUGCUUCAUGAGGGAGGAGAAGUCGAGUGUCGAGAGCUCAGAGCCUUCUUCGAAGGUCUGA